CACCAGGCUCUCUCCUUACAUACUUAACACGCCAACAUGGCAUCCUUACCAACAGUACAUGCAUCCUGCAAGAAUACACAGCUGAACCUCCUAGGUAGGAUAUCCAGCUAUCUAUCAACAAAUUUAGUCCCGAGAUUCAGAUACAGACUAUCUAGUAGAGGACGUUCCUUGCGAUUCUGCGAUCAUCCAAGUUGACCGACGACCUGCGAGCGCAACAUUUAUUUUACGGCCACAGCCUAUUACUCAACUGCGGAGCACCGCAUCCUUCGAUUUAGCAAAAUUCUCGGCACGCCAGUUACAAGAUGGAGACCUGCCGUACGGACAGUCCGGUUGCUGAUGAGCUUCUUAUCGAGCCAGCUACGUGCAUCGCGCACGAGCGUUCGAGUAACCAACGUGCCCAGCCUCCCGCUGCCCUUGCUCGCCGCCCGCUGUGCGACCGCGUCCAAAAUACUAGCUGGGUGGUGGCGCGCACGUUCGGCUUCCAGGCCUUCAACUCCCGCGUCCCGGCCUCCGGCCCCUGCCAGCAGCCUUCCUGUGCGGCCCAAUGGGUUCCCGCCACAGCCCUGCUUGCCGGCGAUCACCUAGAGGCGCUGCUGGUGCGUAACUUCAUGCCCCGCAUACUCAUGGAGGCUGACGGAGGUGGAGGGGACACAGCACCGAGCAGCGGCGACAGCAACGCCGUUAGCGGUGAGGGUGAGGGCUGCAAGGGAGGGCAGCAGAUGAAAGAGGACGCCACUGAAUCCCAGCUGCAGCAGCGUCAAGAGGCGGCGUUCGCGCGAGCCGUGUGGGAG